AUAUCAGCUUCCAGCUACAAGAUGUAGGAUGGAGAUGCACAGACAGAAUAACAGCACGGAGAAUAAUUUUAUAAUCCUUGGAUUCAAUACCAGUAGAACUUUACAAUUUGUACUUUUCGCUUUGUUCCUUCUAAUGCACCUCCUCACCCUCUCAGGACACCUGGCCAUUGUGGUCCUAACUUUAGUUGAUCCUGCCCUCCACAUCCCCAUGUAUUUCUUCCUGCGCAACCUGUCUUUCAUUGAGGUCUGUUACACUCUGGUCAUUGUGCCUCAAAUGCUUGCCAACUUUUUGGACAAGAGCAGAAGUGUAUCCUUGACUGCCUGUGCAGCACAAAUGUACUUCUUCAUUGCCUUUGGGGGCUCUGAAUGCUUUCUAUUGGCUUUGAUGGCCUAUGAUAGAUACACGGCCAUAUGCAACCCAUUGCGCUACACUCUCAUCAUGAACAAGAAUCUCUGCAAAAAUCUUUUGGCGAUAGCCUGCAUCAGUGGAUUCACAAUCUCACUGGGACUCACCACUUUGAUUUUCAGUCUUCCCUUUUGCAGUUCACAUAACAUUAACCACUUCUUCUGUGACAUCCCACCAUUGCUGUUCCUGGCAUGCAACGACACACAUGGCAAAGAAGUGGCUGUGUUCCUUGUCUGCACAAUGAUUUUACUUGUUCCAUUCUUGCUCAUUCUGAUUUCCUAUGUCUUUAUUGCCCAUUCCAUCCUCAUGAUCAAGUGUGCUGAAGGCCGGAAAAAGGCCUUCUCCACCUGUGCCGCUCACUUGAUUGUGGCCAUCCUCCACUACGGCUGUGCCAUCUUUAUCUACAUCCGUCCUAAGGCCAGCUACUCCCUGAAUGAAGACAAAUUGGUAUCUUUGAUCUACACCAAUGUGACACCUAUGAUGUACCCCAUGAUUUAUAGCCUCCGUAAUAAGGAAGUCAAAGGUGCAUUGAAGAGACUAUGGGAAAAGACAUUUAUUUCCAUGGAAAACAAACAGAUGAAACAUUGA